CAAGUCACCCUGAAUUCUUGAAGCCCAAGAAAGAAAAGAAAAGAAAAGAAAAGACGAGAUUCAUUUAUCUGUUAUACUUGACUUCACCCACUUGGCGCCACCGUAGCAAUUGCUAAGUGCUAACCAACCAAACACAUAUUCUUGUUUAUUUCAAUCACUAAUCACAUUCUUUCAGAUUUCCACUCCUCUUCUACAGGAUCUGACCCGAAUACGAAGCAUGGUAUCCGCUUCCGAACCAGAUCGAUGCUCGCCAACUUCGAGGACUCCGAGGCGCCUCUCAAGCUCCCGUAGAUCCCAAUCCCAAUCUUCUUCGUCAUGGUAUCCAAGGAAACGAACCAAACUGCUUCUCGCGCUUAUUGCGUUUCUCGCUUUCGUUUUCUUCCUCAAUUGGUUUAUGCUUCUCCGCUUACAGCAUCAGCACGAUGCACCCGAUCCUAUUCCCAAACCUACACUCCGUUCCUCCUCCGUUUCACUUUCCCUUCAGGGGAAAUGGAACAAGCCUGCAAAUAAGAAAAAAUCACAAAAGGGGAAUUAUGCAAGGAUGCUGGCAUUGGCUGCACAUGCCUUGGCAGAGAAUAAACGCGAACCGAAAGAUUUGUGGCAAGAACCCUUCGUUCCUGCUUCUUCUUGGAGACCUUGUGCUGAUCAGCGGAAUUGGGAACCCAAUGAGGGGGGAAAUGGAUACAUUUUGGUUACUGCAAAUGGUGGGAUCAAUCAACAACGAGUAGCUGUUUGUAAUGCUGUCGUUGUGGCCCGUUUACUCAAUUCAACUUUAGUUAUCCCCAAAUUUAUGUACAGUAGUGUAUGGAGAGAUGUGAGUCAAUUCAGCGAUAUCUAUCAGGAGGAGCAUUUUAUUAACUACUUGACUCCUGAUAUUCGGAUAGUGAGGCAGCUUCCUAAGGAGCUACAAUCUUUGGACUUGGAGGCCAUUGGUAGUGUUGUGACAGAUGUUGACAUGGAGAAGGAGGCCAAGCCAAGUUUUUACUUGAAACACAUCUUACCUAUUAUACUUAAAAAUCAAGUUGUUCACUUUGUUGGAUUUGGUAAUCGCCUGGCUUUUGAUCCAAUAGCAUUUGAGCUGCAGAGAUUUCGUUGCAGAUGUAAUUUUCAUGCCCUGCAAUUUGUUCCCAGAAUACAAGAAACCGGUGCUCUGCUUCUAAAAAGAUUGCGUGAACAUUCAGGUCUUAUUGGACCGUUGGAUCGUUAUCUUGUUGGUCCAUUUGCAGAAUCAAUGAAGGAGAAAAGUGAAAGUAAUGCCAAGAAAGCAUCCAAGUACCUAGCUUUGCAUCUCAGAUUUGAAAUUGACAUGGUAGCUCAUUCUUUAUGUGAAUUUGGGGGAGGUGAAGAAGAGAGGAAAGAAUUGGAAGCAUAUCGUGAAAUCCAUUUUCCUGCACUGUCACUGCUGAAGAGGACUACAAAAUUACCUUCUCCUUCUGAGCUCAGGUCUGAAGGCCUAUGUCCUUUGACACCUGAAGAAUCCAUCCUUAUGCUUGCUGCUCUAGGUUUUAACCGCAAAACACACAUAUAUGUAGCUGGUUCUAAUUUGUACGGAGGUGGCUCAAGAUUGGUUGCUUUGACCAACUUGUACCCUAAAUUAGUCACCAAAGAGAACUUGCUUUCUUCAUCUGAACUUGAACCUUUUGCUAAUUAUUCCUCUCAGUUAGCAGCACUGGACUUCAUAGGCUGCACUGCUUCGGAUGCAUUCGCCAUGACUGAUUCAGGAAGUCAGCUAUCAUCUUUGGUGUCUGGAUAUCGAAUAUAUUAUGGUGGCGGAAGAAUGCCAACAAUACGUCCAAAUAAACGUAGGCUUGCUAGUAUAUUUAUGAAGAACUCUACCAUAGAAUGGCGUGUUUUUGAACAGAGAGUGAGGAAAGCAGUUAGGCAAACUAAACAUGUACAGACAAGGCCGAAGGCAAGAAGUGUUUACAGGUAUCCUAGGUGUAAAGAAUGUAUGUGCAGAACAGAUUGAUUUAUUUUUAUUAGCUUGGCUGUAAUUGCCCAUUGUAAUUGUAAUUUGUAACAUUGUUAUUCAUUAUUUCCAUUCAAUUUUUUCCCUCUGGCUAGAUAGGUUAGUCUGUGCCAUUAUAGUUAUAAAUACACUCAUAGGCGUGUGACUUUGCAUGGGAUUUGAUCUCACAUUGUGACAGUUGAUCUCACAUUUUGUUAACAAAAGCUGAAAAUUCUCAUAUUUUGUGA